AUGCCUGGUCAACGAGGCCCGGUACCGGUGCCAUUGGUGGAGUCCAAUGGCAGUGGAAGAGAUCUGACACUCGACAUCCUGUUCGAACUCGAGAACAAUGACCCUCUGCAAUCCGAAAUCGCGUUCCCUUCAGUCUCACAACCGGACAUGCAAGCCGCCCUCACACGACUGGCGAGCCGAGCAAUGUUGGAAUACGACCCCAGUGAAUCCGAACAUGUGGUCCUGACCGGCGAAGGACGACAAAUUGCCGACGAAGGUAGCCAUGAGUACAAGGUCUGGGAAGCUGUGAAGAAGAGUGGACGACUAUCAUUGAAAGACCCCGCGCUUGCAACACCAUCUGCGAAACUCGGUCAGGGAAACGCUUUCAAGCUGAAGUGGGUUCAGAAAGACGGCGAUUCGUUGGUAGUAUGCAGUGGGAUGGACGAGGUCAAGGAUGCCACGCGGGAGACUUUGAAAUACGUUGAUGAGUUCCACACAAUGCCCGACCCGAAGCAAUUAAAGGACUAUGUCAAGCGGAAGUUGGUUUCAACACAGAAAAUUAUCACAUACCAGGUACGCAAGGGUCCUCGGUGGGCCAAGGAGAUCCCCAUCGAAGUCACGGAUCUCACGUCGGAGAUGUUGGAGGAUGGAAGCUGGAAGACGGCCAGCUUCAAGGACUACAAUUUCAAUGCGUUGGGUGCACAGCAGAAUUCGGGGGCUCUGCAUCCUCUGAACAAGGUGCGAGAAGAGUUCCGGAAGAUCUUCUUCAAUUGGGACUUCAUCGAGAUGCCGACGGGAAGAUUCGUGGAUACCGGUUUCUGGAAUUUCGACGCCCUGUUCGUCCCUCAACAGCACCCUGCUCGAGACAUGCAAGACACCUUUUACGUUUCCGAUCCUGCCGAAGCUGGUCCUCCCGGAUCUGAUCCCGACGCCGAUCAAGCAUUGAACACCAUGGAAGCCCAAAGUCAGCUGUUCUCCACCGGCGAGGCUGCCGCCGCCAUCCCCAAACUGGACUACGAGCAAUACUACAAGAACGUCCGCGCUGUCCACCAAGACGGGGCCUUCGGCUCCAUCGGCUACCGCUACCCUUACACCGAUUCCGAAACCACACGCCUCGUCCUCCGCACCCACACUACCGCCGUUUCGACGUACUGCCUGCACCGACUCGCCGCCAACCCGCGGCCGGCACGCUACUUCUCCAUCGAUCGAGUCUUCCGCAACGAGACCGUCGACGCCACCCACCUGGCGGAAUUCCACCAGAUCGAAGGAGUCAUCGCCGACUACGGCCUCACCCUGGGCGGUCUGCAGGCCUUCCUGGGCAAGUUCUUCCUCCAGCUGGGGAUCUCCAACCUGCGCUUCAAGCCGGCGUACAACCCGUACACCGAGCCCAGCAUGGAGGUCUUCGGCUUCCACGAGGGCCUCAACAAAUGGGUGGAGAUCGGCAACAGCGGCAUGUUCCGCCCGGAGAUGCUGCUGGCCAUGGGUCUGCCGGAGGAUCUCCGCGUCUACGGCUUCGGGUUGAGCCUGGAGCGCCCGACCAUGAUCAAGUAUGCGGUCAGCAAUAUCCGGGAGCUGCUGGGGCACAAGGUGGAUUUGAGCUUCAUUGAGAGCAAUGCGGCGGUGCGGUUGGAUAAGGAUUGA